AUGGCGAGGAGUGUUUGGACACUAUCAUGUGAAGAAAUGGUCGAACAUAUGUGUCAGUCGCAAGAACCAGAGGCACGGAAUUGGCUGUUCACUAUGAUCGAUACACUCCCGCAUGACCAGCUAGUUCGCAUGGUUGUUACCGCUUGGGCAAUAUGGCAUGCUCGUUGGAAGGCAAUUCAUGAGGAUCUCUUCCAAAGCCCUUUGAGCACUCAUCACUUUGUUGAGAGUUUUCUGAGAGACUUAGAGCAGUCUAGUAAGAGCCAUACCGUGGACAAGCAAGCUCCAAGGAGGUCACUGCCGCACCCGCGAUGGGUCAAGCCACCCAACGGCGUGUCGAAGGUGAAUGUGGACGCAGGGCUUGCGAAGACUAGGAGGGCGGGUGCGGUGGCAGCCGUGGCACGCUCGGAUGAAGGGGUUUUUCUGGGGGCCUCCGCGGUGGUGUUUCAUGCGAUCACGGACCCAGAAACUCUAGAAGCAAUGGCGGUGAGGGAGGGCCUGAACCUAGCUCUUGACCUCGAUCUGUCCAAGAUACGAGUGGCAAGUGAUUGCUCCUCGGUUGUAGUGGCACUAAAGGAAGUCAAUCUGGGCAAGUAUAGCCAUGUCCCGCAGGAGAUCAAGGCUGUGGCGAGGGACUUGUCGGAGGUGAUGUACGUGCAUGAAAAUCGUCGCUCGAAUAAAGAGCCGCAUGAUCUGGCUCAGUUUGUGUCUUCGUUACCAGCAGGUCGAUACACCUGGUUGUUAAUCCGCCUGAUGGCGUUUGUAUUCCGCACAUUAUAA